UAAAUUAAUUUUUUUGUGGGCGAUUAAAUGGGACAAAAUCGAUUGAGAGACUACGUGACAUAGAAAAAGAGAAAUUUUUUUAAAUUUUUGUAACUUUUUGAAUUUGAUUUUUAUUAUUUUUCGAUUGCACCCUUAACGAGUUAUUAGUGCAGGAUUUAAAUUUAUUUUUUCUUUUUUUUAGACACAUCUAAAUUUUUCAAAAAUAAAACAAAAAAUGGACAUGUCUUCAGCGGCUGCUUUUCUGGAUGGAAGCUCUAAUGGUGCUUGUGGGAACAAUUCUUCAGAGCCUUUGACUAGUUUAGAGGUUGCAAAAAAACUGGGACUUAGCAAUCAAUUUGCGUUUGCUCUAGAUUGUUUGCCAUUUCGAGAAGAAGAAACCUGUCCAAUUUUGGUAAUCGACUUUCUCCAAAUGGAUACUGGUCAGAAGGAGAUGGUUGUCAAUUUUUUGCUCAAUUAUGGUGGUCAUCUAAUUGGUACGGGAGGGCAUGCUAUCGGUUUCUUGGAAUGGACAACUCUUAUGGAGGCUAAUCUCAGUUUGCGUCGGGCUCAUCCUGAGGUUUUCUACGAUGAGAAUGGUCGUCAGAUGAAUGGACAGGCGAUUUCACGAAAUCAAACAGCUUCAACUGUAAUUCUUACACCAGAGACUGAAAAGAAAUGGACAUUGACAGAGGUGCCGCAAUUCUUUGAGUAUUGAAUGACAUAUAAUAUAUGUCAAAAUCUCAUUUGUAAAAAAAAUUUUUGAUAUUUAAAAUAAAUUUUUAUUUUAGUUUUGUUUUUUUUUGUCGAAAGGUUAGAAAACUUCUGCCUUCUUAUUUUUUCUUUUAAUUACGUUUCGAAAUCAGACCGCAAUUGAAAAAACCCCCGCAAUUUACGCAAUCCGCAAUUGCAUGCAGCCCUAAUCCUCGUCCACGAACGUUUUCUAAGCUCAUUCUUGUUGAAGAAUUGGUUCAUCGUUCCAAACCUUAGUUUUUGUAGACUUGUUCCUACUUAUCAUUUGACAUUUUCC